AGUCUCUCUUCGUUUACUGCUCAAGCUUCAUCUCUUUUAAAGACUUUAACGGCUGCAAAAUAUUUUUCUAGUACUUAUUACUGAUUAAAGUUGGUUCGAUUAAAUUAAUUGAAUAAUUUUAAAGCUAGUUAACAUCAACAAGACAGUAAAGUAGAAGUAUAAGUAAAUAAUCAGCAUAAACAACCAUGUCAAUCGAGUUAAAUGACUUGACUCCAUUAUUUCUGACAUCGUCAGUUCAAUCCAUUAAAGAACCUCAUUUUAAUGCCAAAUUCUACGAGACUGACUUCUCAGAUGUGAACUUUAAGCAUAAAUUUCCAUUUAGAUUAGCCAACUUCAACGGCAUUUCCAUCAAAAACUGUCUACACCUCCAAACACUCAUUGACUUCCUGACUAAAGUCUACUUCGUCAGCUACUUGAACAACCAAGCUUCAAUAUUCAUCCUCAAAAUCGACAUCGCUGACUUAACUUCCAUCAAUCCAUCAGAAAUUCAAAAAUUCAUCCAAAAAUUUGACAAGAAAAUUUUUCUUAUUUCAAUGGAAAGUUCAAGGCACGAGCAAGUUCAAAUCUUUUGGAAAUUUCAAGAUGACAAAAUUUUUUAUACGCGAAUUCAAAAAGAAAUUUCAAAAUUUGUCAUCAAUUUUUUGGCAUCGUCGAUAAGACUUGAUGGAUAUUGUGGAUUUUCAACUGAUUUUCAAUCGACUGAGACAAUUUUGGAAGUUGACAAGCUUAUGCUGAGAAAUUUGAGUGGAUUUAACUUGUUAAUGAUUGCUGCUGAACAUGGUGACUCAAAUGCUGUCAAUUUGUGCCUUAAAUCAGGUUUUAAUGUCAAUGAGAAGGUGCAUGAGACGACUGCUGUGGAUCUGGCAUGGAAUAAUCAACAUUUUCAUAUUGUUUUGGAUUUAUUGAAGGCAAAUUCAUGUUUUCCGAAGAAUUUUGAGAUUAAGUUGGCGACGAAGGAGAUUAAGGAGUUCAUGGAGAUCAAAAGGAUUGAGGAACAUCCACUCCUUGAGUCUGAGAGUCCAAUUAAAGACUGCAAAGGCUGUAGUAAACAUCAGAUCCGAAUAAUAGUAGCGCUGGCCAUUGCUUUCCCAAUUAUCAUUUGGUUUGGAAUUCGGCUGAAGAUCAAACCACUCACUAGCUGCAAAGACAUUACCAAUGAGAAACUUUUGAAGAUUUUUGAGUCAACUGUCGAUUUUCAAGGCGUCAAUGUCAUUUUUGGUGAUUUAUUUGGCAGGAACUCAUCAGAUUGUGAGCAUUUGAGACCACAGGAAAUUGCAGAAAUGCUGAAUGCUUUUGGGACAUCAGCUUUGAGGAUCCACAAAAAAGUCAAUAUUAGCACCAAAUUCUAUGUCGAAAGAGCAAUCAAACCAGCAAAUUCAUCUUUUGACAAUUCUUCAGGCAUGACUUACGACUUUCAUGAGCUCACGAAACUCAAGCUCUUCCUCCUAUCCGACAAAGGCGGUAGCGGCAAGUCAACUUACUUCCAUCACAUGGCAUGGAAGUUAAAGCAACGAUUUCCAUUAAAAUGGAUUUCUUACGUCGAUCUGAAGCAGCAUAUUCAUGUUCUACAGGAUGUUCCUAAAACUGAUGCAAAUUUCACAACUCUCGUCGACUUUUUGUCUUUAAAACUUUUAAACCUAACCUCAAAAGUUGAAAUUGAUGUUUUUUCGAGGAAGUUCCUGUCAAAUGAGACAAUUAUCUUGUGGGAUGGAGUUGGUGAGGUUCUUAUGGAGGAUAUUGAGGAGGUUUUGAGGUUAAGUGAAGGUGGAGCUGCAAAUUUGGAUGCUAAAUACAAUGACAAAAUGGUUAAUGAAACGAUAGAUUUGAUUAAAGUUAUAUCAAUGUUAACAGACAAUAAGCAGUGGAUAGCAACCAGUCCACAUCUUGGAGAUGAAUUUGUUAAUGAAUUCGGGAUUGAGGCUUACAAUUUUGUGAGGUUUAAUGAAGACGACAAGAAAGAAUAUGUGAAGAAAUAUGUUAAAGUUAAUAGUUUGGAAUACUUUAAUGCAUCCAAGGUUUUAGAAGAAUUUAACGAUUUCAUAAUCAAGCUUAUAAAGUCGUUGAAGGAUCCUGAAGAAGUUUUAGAUAAUUUUGACACAAAUCCUCAGAUUCUUCAUAUUAUUUGUGAUUUUUACUCAAAAAACAUCACAUUUGGGAAUGGAUUGAACUUGUAUAGAAUUUAUGAGACUUACUUCCAUGAGAUUUUAGCAGAAAACUAUGAAUCAUGUCAGCAUGACCCACAAAAAUUGGACUUAAUUACAAAAACUAUCCAACAUUUUGUGAUGAAUCAAAUUUUAAGAUAUCCAGUCUAUAACAUCAUCAAUGGAGACUACGAUAGCAACUGUAGAGACCUGGAAAUUCACAAUCUUACAAUCUACACGAAUGUCAACAUUAUUUUGAGCUUGGGGGUUGUCCAUAAAAAUGGGGACGAAAUAAUUUUUGAGGAUCAAAUUUUUCGAGACUUUUUCAUCGCUCAAUAUUUAUUUGACAACAUUUGGAACCCAAAGAAUGGAAGUAUUGAUGAGCAUGAAGCUGAACGUAGAUUGCAAUUCCUAUUUUAUGUCUUCUUUGCUGUCAAUACUCGUUACAGGAUUGUAACAGAACAUAUGAUUGGAUUUAUAGAUUCUUAUGAGGACCAAGUUGAUGCUUCAUUUAAUCCUGUGUACACAGACCUUCUUUGCCAUAGCUACCCAAACUUGUUGCUGUGUUUAGCAUCAAAAUUUGCAGACGAGAGAAUUGGAAUUGCCACAAAAUUCUUUAAAAAAGACAUCAAAAUUAUCGAUUGUUUGUGGAAUGUCAACGAAAAUCGGACAUUUUUUCAUAGAUUUUUGGAACUAGCCACAAAAGCUGAUCAAGUCGCAGACAUGAAGGCAGUUGUUGAUGACAAUUUCAGCUCAGAAGAUGCUAGGAAAGUUUUGGCGGGAAAAUAUCAGUCUGCAAAUUUUCUAUCAAUUUUAUGGCAGCACAGAUUGAAUGCAAACUACUCAAAUGCAAUCAAGAAUGCGACUGGCUAUGGUUUUGAUCUACAAAAGCUUCAAAGUAUCCAAAAAUUUGAUGAUUUUAUGAAAUUUUUAGUCAAUCAAAAGUUUUCGAAUGAAGAAAUGCGUGAAUUUUUCUAUGGAAACAUCAACAUUAUGGAUAAUAACGCAGACAAAGUAGUUUUUGAAAAGUAUGCGAAUGAGCUAUUGAGUAGCACGGAUUAUAAAGACAUAUUAGAUAUGUGGAGUGUGAGGAAUUUUGCAAUUGAAUUUGAAUAUUGAAAUAAAAAAAUACUUAAAAG